AUGCACAGGAUGGGAAUGAGAACACGUCAGAGUUUACUUUUUGGACAAUUUAAUUCAAAAUAUAUUCGCUGUGACAUUGCUACUUCAUUUGAUACAUUAACACUUCUUAUGUUCAAUUUGUGGAACAUGAAAAGGCCAAAUUUAAUUUUGUCAGUUACUGGCGGGUUUGAUUCUGCAUUGAAUAUACAAUUCGAAAAAGAAUUUAUAGAAAGUGUUACUCAUGUUGUUUUAGGAUCAGAUGCUUGGAUUUUCACAAAUGGCAAUAAAAAUGAAAUUGGCCCUCGAUUAGUUGGUGAAACUGUUUAUAAAAAUCGAUUAAAUCUUUUACGAAAUCAAAAUAGUGAUGAAAAAAAUAUUUAUGCUAUUGGUGUAUUGAAUUGGGCAAAUAUUAAAAACCGUCAUGAAUUAAUUCAAAGAGAAAAGACUCAGAUAACAGAACGGGUAUUGUAUAGAGUAUCGUUGCAUGAACAAGGUAAAUUUGUUGAACGAAAAAGCUUGAACAGUAGACAAGAGUUAGAACCAAAUCAUACACAAUUUAUUCUUUUCGAUGAUG